CUUUGUGGUGAUUUUAAAAAUGAAUACCCCAAAACAAAAAAUAAUAGCACAUGUUCAGAACUCUGUUUAUCCAAUCGAAACAAAGCAAGCCACCGCGGUAACCAAGGUGAAUGCAUGUUGAUGGUUGCGCGCAAGAACAAGAGACCUGGGCCCGGGCUAUAACUGGCAWUAUCUGGCUUCAUAUAUUGAAAUCCUAUACUUUAUAUAUCAGCUUCGAGAUGUAGUACGGCGAAUUGUCAACAGUUUCUUACAUUUUCGAGGGAAAAUGUCUACCGCUUUGCAGACUGCCCUUUAUAAUACACACGUCGGAGUUGACUAUCUCUCAAGGAAUGUUGAAUCUAAUGUGCUGCACGCGCCCGAAGUUUUGGAUCGUCUAUCGAUCUCGCAGAGGCACUUUGAUGCGUACAAAACAAGAACCUAUAGACCGCCACACGCACCGUGGGGACGCAGUCUAAGCUAUGGCGGAACUGGACCAAUCAAUCUACCCGACCAACAUCGACCAAAACAAGAACCACCGACAAGGGUUCAGAAAGGGCACCGACACUUCGGCGGGGGCGUGGUGCCCAUUCCCUGCAAUCUACCUAUACAGCAGUAUUACGAUUUAACCUUACUUAAGAAAAGUAACCUAAGAAGAAAUGACGAGCUCAUACCAGAUCCACAUAAACUAGAUAUUGGGAAACAUGCCAUACAACUGAAGUUCCCGUCAGAGCACCCAUAUCACUCUCAUAUUCCCAAAUGUGCACUGUUUCCAAACUUCGAUUCCCCGGAUGACGUUAGGAAAGGAAAGAACGUCAUCAUGACGUCAUCUACACUUCCACCUACUGCUGCUGCUUCGGCCCCAGACCCCGUCGUAGUCCAGAAGACGAAGGGCCACUUUGCGCGUCGGGAAAUAGUGCAAGUGCAGAAUGAGUCCCGAAAAGAUCCUCUUAUUUGGAAUGAACAUAACUACUAUCAGCUAGUAAAAGGACCUGGCAUUGAAAGGCAAAACUACUACCCAACCCCACCGUCCUCUGUUCAGCCAAACAGCUUGCAACGAUCCCUUGAAAUGACAGUAUCACCGCGCACUGCAAAUGCUUUGUACAAUCUUCAGAAGUCUUACUGGAGAACAGUAUAUAAUCAACAAUACACCGGGAACGGACCCCAGAACGUACUAAAACUCGAUAACUACGAAGAAGUUUGCACAGGAGGGGGACAUAAUCUGAAAGAGCACUUCAAGAAUGAGUUUACUCCUCCCAGACCACUUGAAGGACGACACACAAGCGUCAGGAACACGUUAAAGGUGAAAAAGAAGAAGAGAAUAAUCGACGGACAAGGCACUGAACUAUGGGUAACGGACGACGAAGAUGAUGAACCUGUCAGACAUUAUAAAACUAAAGACGCCACAGUAAAAUCCAAACUUGAUACCCGAUACAAGUUAGACUCGUCAAAGGAAGGAAUCAAAGAAGAAGAAGACGAUAGGGAGCCUGGGACCUACGCGAAGAACGUCCAUCACCUGAUCAAUAAUGAACAUAUAAGUUACGAACUUGACACAAGUAAACGAAUCAAUAACUACUACCAGGCUGCGCACCCCCCUGAACAGUCACCAUUCCUCGCUAACCUUGAGAAAGCUAGACAUGAAUAUCUGAGCCAACGCCCUGCUACCGCACCCCAACCAAGCCGUCCACGUUCACCGACCAUUCAUAACAUGCCAAGCCAAUUACACGAACAGACAAUGACAGGUUCGACCAAUUCCGAAUUAUACCCGAAGUGGUUCCGACAAACAUCUCGUUACGGGCCGAAGAGACCAAGUACAGCAUUAUUAGAAAUGCAAAACAGUUGGAAUCGAACAGAAGCGCACCGAAAGUUUCACGAGAACUUUCCGGAGGAUGCUCCUGACAUUCGCCAAAAGCCAGAUUUGCGAAUCACGACGAACGAGAGACGACACGUGAUUCCAGAGACAGGCAUUCACGUGUAUUACUAUCACCGAUAGUAGACCCAGUUUUUUCUCGUUGCAAUCAUACCGUCGCCAAGUACGCAUAAGCCACUCACUUAGCUUUUUAUGCUUGCCCCCCUCCUCCCAUCCCCCUUAACUAAAAAAAACCUUCUUCUUUAAAUUUCCCUUCUCUAGCUAUAGAACUAGUGUUUUUCGUUCUGUGGUUUAGCACCAUUCACUACAAAGUAAGUGUUUCAGUAUGACUUGAGAGAGAUCCGGCAAGUGGCACAGUACAGGUCUCACUUUGACUCACAGACAUUAAUUGAGUAGGAAUUGUCUGAAAGAGAACGGCGAAAUAGGUGCACAUUCUUACUAAAGUUCGACAUACUGAAAUGUCAUCAAACUUGAUGCACAGUACGUAAUAAUCUAAUCAUGGGGCAACAUUGAUGAAAGACAGAUUUUUAUAUGGGAUGGGUAUGUGUGUGAUUAAUAUAAUACAUUUACAGCUACAGCAUGUUAAUAUUUAAAAAUGAGAUUGAUAAAUAUAUAUUGUGUGGUGUUUUUUCAUACUAGAUCUACUUGAUGAGGGAAUAAAAAGGGCGGAUGAGACCUAA